GGCGGCGCAGGAGGGGGCGGGUUUGGCGAGGGCGCGGCCUCUGCGAGGGGGGCGCGCGACGCGCAUCCUCCGAGCUCGCCGGGGCCACUCGGGAGCCUCGCGGCAGUCCGGUGCCCCACUUGGCAAUCCGCUCCGCGCUCCUUCCUCGCGCCCGCCUCCUCUUGUCACCUCCCGUCUCAGCCUGCUCGCUCCAUCCCGGCCGCAUCCACCGCCAUCCGAGUGCCUCAAAGAGCGAGAGGUGGUGCGCGGGGCGCGCCCUCCGGCGGACCCCGGCUCGGCCUUGGGGGGCACGGGCAGCAGCAUGGACACCAAGCGCUGCUUCGCCAACCGCUUCGAUGACUACCAGGGCAGCCUGCUGGCGGGCCAGUGCGAGGAGGCGGUGGCGCCCUUGGUCACCGCCACCAUCGAGCGCAUCCUCCAGGAACUGCCCCCGCUCGGGGGCGGCGCUGAGGGCCGGGGGGCGGCGGCCGCGGCCAGCAGCUGCCAGGGGGGGCUGUACGGCGGCGUGGCCGGGGUGGCCUACAUGCUCUACCACGUCUCUCAGAGCCCGCUCUUCGCCGGGGCCCGGGAGCGCUACCUGCGCUCGGCCAAGCGCCUCAUCGACGCGUGCGCCCGCGCCGAGGAGUGGGGCGAGCCGGACGCCGACACCCGCGCCGCCUUCCUGCUCGGGGGCGCGGGCGUGUACGCCGUGGCCACGCUCGUAUACCACGCCCUGGGCCGGUCCGACUACGUGCAGCCGCUGGGCAAGUUCCGGGCUCUGUGCGCCGUCUGCGCGCCCGUCUCCUUCCUCGAGUGCGGCUCCGACGAGCUGUUCGUGGGCCGCGCGGGCUACCUGUGCGCUGCGCUCGUGCUCAAGCAGAAACUCGCCCAGGAGGUGCUGACCCCAGCACAGAUCAAAUCAAUUUGCCAGGCGAUCCUGGACUCCGGGAAGCAAUAUGCCAUAAAAAAGAGGAAACCAUUCCCUCUGAUGUAUUCUUACUAUGGGACCGAAUACUUGGGAGCUGCCCAUGGCCUAUCGUCCAUCCUCCAGAUGCUCCUUUCUUACCACGAGCACCUCAAGCCCUCGGAGCAGGAGCUGGUGUGGCAGAGCGUGGACUUCCUUAUGGAGCAGGAACAGAACUGCAACUGGCCCCCUGAGCUCGGCGAGGCCAUCGAGAGGGAGAACGAGCUGGUGCACUGGUGCCAUGGCGCCCCAGGAAUUGCUUAUCUGUUUGCCAAAGCUUAUCUGGUUUCCAAGAAACCACAGUACCUGGACACAUGUAUCCGGUGUGGGGAACUCACGUGGCAGAAGGGCCUGCUAAAGAAGGGGCCAGGGAUUUGCCACGGGGUGGCUGGCAGUGCCUACGUCUUCCUGCUGCUAUACCGGCUCACGGGAAACUCUAAAUACAUCUACCGAGCCCAAAGGUUUGCUGAAUUUUUAUUUACCGAGGAAUUCAAGGCUGGUUCCCGGGUACUUGAAAGUAUAUACAGCUUGUAUGAAGGCUUCUCCGGGACGGUGUGCUUUCUAAUUGAUCUGCUGCAGCCCAACCAGGCUGAGUUCCCUCUCUUCAGCGUCUUUGUUUAGAAGGCUCCAUGCCCUACCAUGGCCCUGCAGAAGGUUCCUGAGGUUUCCUGAGCCUACUACCUGAGGCAAUUUCCACAUAAGCCACAUUGGUAUCACAACCAUGAGCCUUAACAUUGCCGCCGGAAGGAAGGAAGGAAGGAAGGGAGCAGGCAGGUGAAGGCAACAUGAUACUUGAUUGAAGGGAGAACAGUGCAAGAACCUGCAAACAUAAAGACACCACAACUCUUCUAAAAGCCCUAGAGGUGGAAUAGUUCAGGGAAUAGAUGGGAGACCAGAGAUCAGAGGAAAAAGGGAAAGAGAAAUCAUCUGUCUUUCACUUACGGCAUAGAAAACAAAAUUGAAAUGUGGACUAUGGCAGUGAAAUGCCAAAAAUACCUUUGCAAUUGGAGAGAGAAUUUGACCAUUUGUGGGUGCUCUCCACCCCUAAAUUCAGAAAUAAAGACAAUCAGAAAACGAAA